UAAUAAAGAAGAGGACAACGUUUGAAGAAAUGGUCUCGCUACCGAAAACAUACUGUUGUUACUUCAAUUUGCGCACAGGAAGCAUCAUCAUAGCAGUACAAAUGUGUAUAAUAUGCUGGCCUCUUGCUUACGCUUACCCAACGCUCAUGCAUGCAGAGGGUUUGUUUUGGUAUUUUGCAUUUUUGAGCAACUUGCUAGUAAUACCUGACGGCAUAAUCUUCUUAUGGAACGAAAGAAAUAAGCCUCCAAUGCGUAUGCCGUGGUGGAGCUUGUACUACGGGGAUCUUGCAAUAUUCAGUAUCUUAAAUUUAGUCUUUGGCAUAAUGGCAGCAAUAAAAGGAAACUACAUAUUCACUAUACCUUUGGCAACUGUCGUACCAAUUUAUUACUGCUACACGGCCCUUGUGGUUUACAGUUAUGACCAGUCAAAACCACCACGUCCAGUCGAUGCCUAGAGUCCUGCGCUAUGAAGCCUGUCGGACCUUUU